CGUGCUGCCUCGCCACGACCAGCACCGGCAGACGCGGCGGCAGAAAGUAACCGAGACCCAAGGGCGGGGGACAGGAAGGGAUCCAAGGCAGCCGCCCAAACCCUAGGGUCUCACUCUAACAGUUCAAGCGUACCAAAUGGACCACGAAUUUUCCCCAGCGAAGACAUGCAAAUCUGUUGCAGAUGAAGAUAUAAUCACCAACCUACCGGAGGCUCUCAAAGACAAAAUCCUGUGCUGCUUGCCAAUAAAAUAUGCUGUUCGAACUUGCCUCUUGUCAAGGAGUUGGAGGUACACAUGGGCUUCAAUGACCGAACUGAUGUUCAGGAGAUCUGACUUUGCUUCAGGAAAUGGCAAUGAGAAAGAUGAUGCAUGCAGGUUUCUUAAGUUCACUGAUAUGUUUCUCUCCCUGCACAAUGGCCCAAUUCUGAAGUUUGGACUGAAUACCCAAGGGAUUGAAAUGCUAUCCACUGGAGGACACAUUUACCGUUGGAUGCUUAAGCUUUCAAGAAAUGGAAUUAAGGAAAUUCAUCUUAGGACAAGUGUACUUGACCGUUACAAGAUCCCAUCUUGCUUUUUCUCCUGUGAUAGACUAGAACAUGUGUACCUGCGAGCUUGUAUUUUGACGCGAGGAAACAGUUUAGAGGAUUUAGUCGCGAGUUGCCCAAAUUUGGAGCAACUUCACCUUUCUAAGUUGAUCAGCAUGAACCAUAUCAAUAUUCAUUCAACAAAGCUCAAGAUGCUAACAAUUGAAGGCCAUUUUCAACACCUCAAUCUGCAUACUCCAUAUCUUACUUCGGCAGUCAUCAAACUGAAUCUGAAACCUGACACGAAUGAUGCUUUGACAGCCAGAUGCAACUUCAAUCUUUCCCAAUUUAUUGCUUCUCUUUCAGAUGUUGAGAACAUUAGACUUCAUGGGCGGAUCUUGGAGUGUGUAGAACAUGAAUUCCUGAUUCGCAAGCCACAGAAACUAUUCAACCGUCUGACAGACAUAAGCCUGGAGAUCAAUCUUGGUAAUCCGAAGGAGGCAAAUCUUGCUCUCUUCUUAUUUAGCAAUGCCUCCGACCUGCGAUUUAUCUGUCUGAAGCUCAAUUCCAGGAAUUCCGUGGUACCCCCGGUGCAUUUCUGGGAAUCAAUAGAUAGUCAUGUAUGUCUCUUCCAGAACGUUCAUGCAGUUGGUAUGAUCAACUUCACUGGAUCCUUUGCAGAGCUAGGCUUCUUGAAGCUUUUACUUGAAGAUGCACCGGUGCUAAGAAAAGUGAAAAUACGCAACAAGGGAUUGGACAGAAAUGUCCUCAAGAAUCUCCUGAAGAUGAGAAGAACAUCAAAAGAGGCAGAAAUAGUGAUUCUUUGA